AUUAAAAAGUUAUAAUUGUGUGAAACCAAUCUGCCAACUUCUUGACUUCUUCUUCUCCUGCAGGAUAAAACAAAAAAAUCUAGAUCAAAAAUCCACAUACCCGAUGAUUCCAGUGACUCCGAUGUCUCCUCCUGCGAAUCACAAGUCUCAUCACCCGAUAUGCACUCAAUCUUAGGUCAUGAUAAAAAAGUUCAACAGACCAUAACGAAUCUUUUGAACACUCUAGAACAAAGAUCUUCCAGCAACUCCAAUGAGGAAGAUGAUGACGAUGAAGAUGACGACGAGGAGGAGGAAGAAGAUGAGGAUACCGAAGAAGAAGCGGAUAAAACUUUUAAUGCCGAGAGAGCAGAGGAUGGUGAUAAAUCGGAAUCAAAAUCAAAAACGCACAAAAAACACAAAUGCAAAAAACCCAUUGAGGAAACGGUGAUAACAGAGGAGGAGAUCGAUAGUAUAUGGGCGGACAAAUCGCCAGAAUACAUGGCUGCCACGCCCACUUUUAUAAAAACACAAAUCGAUAAAAAUGUCAAGGCCCAACAAAUGAAAGCCAUACCGCCCGUAAGACUUAAUGCAGGCCUGCAAAUAGAUUUAAGUAGUUCUAGCACUAGCACUUACCAAAAUACAGAUGGAGAAAUUGAUGCAGAUGAUAAUGUUCUCUAUUCCCUAGAAAAUUUAACCUCCUCACCAGAUGCCUAUAGAAAAAUAAAGACGAAUCCUUUAUUCAAUCCCGAUAUGUCCAUAAAUCUUUCGGAAUUAGCAAAAUUAUCUUCUCCUUCGCCAAAACGCCAAACUUCCCAGCUUAAAACGAAAUCCUGCAAAAAUUCUCCUGAUAUCUUAAAUCCAUCUUCACCCGAUAACUCCUUAUCAUCGUCCCCUCAAGAUCUUAGCUAUAAUAGUGUUUAUUCCUCACAAAAUUCAACACCCUAUAGUAGUAUUAGUGAUUAUCAAGAUCGUGCAAAAUUUACAAAUUCGAAUCCUAUAAAUGUUGAUAAAUCAAAUAAAUUUACUUAUUUACCACAGUUUAGUCGCUCAGCGGUUGGAGGUUCAAAGUUUCUGACAAAUUGCCAUCCUUACAAUGCCGAAGAAUAUGAUGGUUUGGAAUUUGAAUCACGUUUCGAAUCGGGCAAUUUAGCCAAAGCCAUACAAAUUACCCCAACUUAUUAUGAGCUGUAUCUGAGGCCCGAUUUGUAUACCAGCCGAUCGAAGCAAUGGUUUUAUUUCCGAGUGAAAAGGACAAAGAAAAAUAUGAUUUAUAGGUGA